AUGGUUGGAUUAUGCCUUGCCAAGUCCUUCCUUGGUGUCGCACCCCUAAUUUCUUUUCUUGUAAAUACACAAGGAGAUUGGGGGAUGGGUUUAGGAUUUUCUCUUUCUGGAUUUGGAUUUAUUCUCACUGGUUUCUUGAUUGGUUUUAUUGUUACGGAAAUAUAUACUAGACUUCUCUACUAUAGAGCAAGAAAAAUUAUUAUUACUGCCUUAACAGAAUGUGAGGUUUUGAUUAUUGAUUUUGAUGAAAAUACUAGUGAUGCUGAUAGAUAUCGUAACCUUAGAUCACUUUUUGAGAGAGAAGCCUUCUCGUUAUUUAAACUAUUCGAAGAGAAGAAAAUGAUGAGACACUUGUCAAUGUUUUUCAAAUUUUCAAUGGUGUCUGGCAAUAAGGGAAACUUGGAUGAUAGUUUUCUAUUUUCUGAUGUUGAUUUAGUUGUAUCAAUAAUCAAAUCUGUGGCGCAACAGAAGAACUUUCAAAAUUACCCUCAGCUGAUCUUAACAUCAAGCAUAGUCUGUGCACAUUUUUGGGACCCUGAGAAAAAUGGAUUGGUAUCUCAUACUCCUCAAUCUUCAUCGUAUGAAUACGCAGUUGCUUUACUUAAAAAGAUCAAGGCAAGUCAAUUAGGAUUUUUGUCUGAUUUAGUAAUGAAAAGUUUAUUGAAACAAUACCAUACUGCAUCACAAAAUGAAAGUAGUGGAAAACUAUCAGAACUGAAGGGUAUUAUUGAUAUUAAGGAGUUUAUUUCAAAGUUAGGAAAGAAAAUGGAAGAUAUAACAGUACAAAGGAAAAUAUUUUGGAAAGAAUUGAUGAACGAUGUUGUAGACUAUGGCAAAAUAAUCAACAUUAACAGAACAAUUGCAAAAUUAACCCUAGAGUGCAACACUACAUUUGAAAACUUGAUGAGCUAUUUCCAUAGUUAUGACAAAAAUCUUCUCAGAUUAUUUGCCAGUUUCAAUGAAAAGGUUUUAUUCAAUCAACAAAGAGCUGAUGAGUUGUAUCAAGAUGCAUCCUUGAUAGAAGAUGAAGAUUCGAAAAGAAUUUCAGAAAAGCAAGCUCUGACAUCAUCAAUCAACAAUACCUCAAACAGUAGUCUUCAAAGUCAUAGGUUUAAACCUGGAAAUAGAAUUUUACCUAUAAGAGUAGGAACAAGAGUUAAUGUUGACCUUGAAGCCGAUUCAAAUAGAAUAUCAGCUAAAAUAUUCGAUGGUUUGGAGAAUGGAGAUUUUUCGAAAGAGCUAAACGAAGAUCCAACUGCACUCGAUCUUGCUGAGGCUGCUGAUUCCCCAGAGAUUAAAAAGGAAAAUUUGAUAAGAACUGCACUAACAACUCCAUUGAAACCUGUUGCCAUCUACUUUUCUUACAUUUCUUUGAUAGGACUAAUUAUUUUAAUGUUUUCUGGAGCUGUUGCACUUUCAUUAUUUACAGUUAUUACCUCGACCAAGAACCUUACAGAUAUUAAGCAAUCAUGCAUUCCAGCAUUGGGUUCAGUUCGUUUGAUUUCUGAUUUAAGAGUAAACCAGAUUUUUAGAACAUUAUAUUCAGGUAAUACAACCUUCUCCUCCACUCUACAAAAAUUUGGAUUUUCUAGUAUGAAUGAUACUGUAAAUUACCAUAGAGGAAAAACUUUGGAUACCAUUGAAAAAUUCAAGCAUUUAGAAAAAUUAGCUUUUAGUGGAAAAUGGAGUGCUGAAAUGUUUCACGAUUAUUCAACUGACUCUACAGAAAUGUACUAUCCGGAAAUUCCUCACCACAACAAGGAGGGACAUUUUAUUAAUGCUAGACCAAGAAAUAUGUCUGUUUCUGGUGUUACAAACACUAUGAUUCAGACUGGAAAAGAUUUACUAACCUAUUCUGAUUCUCAGUAUAAUGAAACAAUAGGUUCUUUUCAGUUUAUGUAUCUUUGGCACAAUAGAGAUACCUUACCAGAUAUGUACGGAAAAUUCUGUAAUACUAUUUCGUCUAGAUUCUACUUUGGUAUUCAAGAUAUGGAGAUAUGCUUUGUAAUUGUGAUUUCAACCAUUAAUAGUGCAAAAGAAAUAAUUGGAAAUAUAGAUGCUUCAACCAAGAUUGCCACCACUUCUCAAAGAGUUUCAUUGCAUAUUGAGGAAAUUUAUAUUUUUGGUAUUUUGCAAACAAAUAUGUAUCCCAUCAACAAUGAGGAAUUACUCACCCCUGAACAAAUUUUUGAAUAUCACGAAGGAAUGGAUCAGUUAACAAUUGACUUGGAUGAACUUUGGAAUCGCCUUCUGUAUGGUGAUAUUAAUACUGGAGAUGCUGUUCUUGUUGGAUUAUAUCCUGAAAUAGACAAGAUUAUUGAGGGUUACAACUGCACCAAUAAUACAUCAGCCAAUUGUGGAGAAAGUUUGAACGACUUGCUAAACAACCUCAUACUCAAAGCAACCAAGAUUAAUGAAAUUUAUGUUGCCCUUGAUAAGAAUGAGAGAAUAAUAUUUGAUGAAUUUUUUUCUACAAUUUACAUGAUUAGCAAUAGAGUGACAGAUUCAAUGCUUAAUUUCAUUGAUAUCUAUGUCUCCAGUGUUCAACGUAACGAUUCCUAUGUUAUAGUAAUUCUGUUUGGAAUAGGUGGCCUUUUCAUAAUGCCAGUUUUGUUGAUCUAUAUUUUGAACGUUCUUUCUGGUCAAUUGAAUGAAAUUUACUCAUUACGUCUCAUUUUGAACUAUGUGAACAUUGAUAUACUUGAAUCAAAGGAACAACUGAGAAACUUUAUUCUUCACAACAAUCUGUCACGAGAAAAGAAAAAGAAAAAUCAAGUUUCUAAUAAUGUAGAAGAGGACAAGGUCAGAAAUAUUCUAAAUGCCUCUGUCGAAGGUUGUUUAUUAUGUAAUCAUAAUUAUGAAAUUGAAAUAUACAAUCCAGCAGCUCAAAGAAUGUUUAUGAAACAAGUUAAUGAAGUUAUUGGAUUGCCAAUGUGGACUCUAUUUGAAAAGAAUUGCCAGGAUAGAAUCAAACUCAUCCUUCAAAAUCUAACAAAAACUACUGGUAGUAUUGCAAAUGGUGAAACAGCAGAACUCGAUGGACUAAGAAAAAAUGGAACUCUCUUCCCAGCACGUGUUAAUAUAUUUUGGACAAUGUUCGAUUCUAAACCAGUAUUCACUUGUUUCAUUAAGGAUGUAACAACAGAGAAAAAGCAAAAUGCACUGUUGGCCGAAGAGAAGAAGAGAUCUGAAAAUCUUCUCAGAAAUAUUUUACCAGAAUCUGUAGCAAACAAAUUGAAGAAUGGAGAUACAUUCAUUGCAGAAAAACUACCAGAUAUUACAUGUUUCUUCUCAGAUAUGGUUGGGUUUACUACCAUAUCUAGUCAUUUGAAUGCUAAUGAGAUUGUUAAAAUGUUGAGCUCCAUAGUCAGUGGAUUUGAUAAGUUAACAGAUAAGUAUGAAUUGGAAAAGAUUAAAACAAUUGGAGACAGUUAUUUCUGCGUUGGAGGAUUACAUCAAGCGAGUGACCACCCUGAGAGAGUAGUUAGAUUUGCUAUUGAAACCUUUGGAGUGGUUAGGGAUUAUAACAAUUCACUAUUUAAGGAUACAGAUCCCCAAUCUGUUUCUCAAAUAGAUAUUAGAAUUGGUAUUAAUACUGGUUCAGUUGUUGCUGGAGUUAUUGGUAUUAAGAAGUUUGCAUAUGAUUUAUGGGGUGAUACUAUUAAUGUUGCUUCGAGAAUGGAAAGUAAUUCUAAACCUGGCCGAAUCCAAGUUUCCAGAUCAACCUAUGAAAGAGUUCACGAUCUAGGAUUUGAAUUUGAGGAAAGAUCAAUUGAAGUGAAAGGAAAAGGAGUAAUGAGGGCCUAUCUUAUCCACGAAAAACACCACACAAGUGCCACAUUGACCAACAAGGAUAUUGAAAUAGUUACGGGAGAUACACAGUACUUUGCAAGUCCUUUAUCUGGUAGUGAAUCACCCCUUCCACCAGCCUCUAGCUCCAACCCACCCUCAAUUAAAUCAUCACCCAAUAAUAGUGAAUCUAAGAGAGAAGCUAUUGAUCCAAUGGCUUAUGAUCGUUUAGCAACAUUUACUAUUGGACAAAAGGACUAG